AUGGUUUUGUUGGUGGUGUUUUGGUCUUUCCGGCAUUUAUCUUCUGCUCCAGCUGUAUUGGGGUGUUUCUUCCAACCGUUCCUGAGCCACUCAGCGUUGCGAAUGCGUUUCUCUCAUUUCUGUAUUUACCACCGUGGUUUGGUAAAACAUUUAGGCUAUUUGUCUUGCGGUUCUUGGACCUAUACGUUUGCGUUCAGCUGUGCCUUAAAACUGUCGUCCACCAAUUGCGUUCCUGUGCAUUGCUUCUGGUGGUAUAAUGGUGAUUAUUUUUCUUCCAAUAUCGCCCAUUCUAAACUGAAAAACGCUCGUGUCUCCUCAAAAGCGUGUGAAAAUUCUUCAUUCUACGGCAUAGCCUAG